AUGUCCUACUACGAGGUUGCCCUCUUCGGCGAGUUCUUCGCAAAGGACCUUAAACCCAUAAUUAACCGCAUAACCCUGCACUCCGAAUCGUCGCGUGCCAUGCAUAUCCGUGAAGUCGUCUAUGAACCCAUAGACGCGGCCCAGCAGCGUGACUCAGGCAGUGAACCGGCACUUCUUCGUGCCCGAAAAGACCUCACAGACCCAGAUCAAGGCUGGGUACUCUAUUCCUACCUAAAACCGGAGUCAGUUCGCGCGCACCCAGAAGCAACAGUCCGGCCGUGGGCUACCUGCGAAGUCAUCGGAGACGCGUUGGGCUUCGCUUCUGCUCUUGGUUAUGUCCGUCGCUCCCAAAUAUUCAAACGAGGCUAUCUAUUUCGUCGAGGACCACUUGUAAUCCAGAUGUUUCAGCAAGAACAGGUUGACCCUAGGACCCAGCAACCCAUUCCAGCCCAUGCAGACACACUUUGGGAAGUCGAAGUUAAAACUGCUUCCCCAACGCGAAAUACACAGGAAACACCACUAAGCAUCGCUGUGAACGCAGUUGUCGAAGUCCAACUGCUUAUGAAAGGGCUGCUCGAUUUGCGACGCCAGGAUUCCUAG